CUACGAUUACCAUGUCCUUUGAUAACAAUAUUCCUACCAAAUUCCCUAAACUCGAACCUAGAGGCCCUGCUGGGGAAUUACUUUUGGCAAGUGAACGUGCGAAAGCCAGUUUUGACGUUAAGGAACUAUCUAAGUUUAUGUACGGUGAACAAUGGUUGGCCAAAAUGGACAAGGUACUCAAUGUUAUUAGCAAUGAACCUGCUUUUGACAAGACUGGUCGUUACUAUGAAAGUCGUCAAGAACGUGUUGCCAAUGGUUUCAAGAAAGAUAAACGUUUGAUAGAACUUGUCAAGGAACAAAACUGGGACGAAACUGAAACUAACAUUGCCACUUUCUUGUAUGAUCAAAGCACUCCUUUUUCUCUUCAUUACAACAUGUUUAUUCCUACUUUACGAUCACAAACAACUGAUGAACAAAAGAAGUUGUUCUUGGAACCUGCAUUGAAACAUCAAAUUAUUGGUUGUUAUGCUCAAACUGAACUUGGUCACGGGUCCAAUGUCCAAGGUCUCGAAACCACUGCUACUUAUAUCCCAGAAACUAACGAAUUCGAAUUACACUCUCCUACUUUGACUGCUUCAAAAUGGUGGAUUGGUGGACUAGGCAAAGUUGCAAACCAUGCUAUUGUGAUGGCUCGUUUGAUUACUAAUGGUAAGGAUCUUGGUCCUCAUCCUUUCUGUGUCCAAAUUCGUAGUUUGAAGGAUCAUCGACCUUUGGAAGGUGUUACAGUUGGUGAUAUUGGUCCCAAGUUUGGUUUCAAUUCUGUUGAUAAUGGUUUUAUCAUGUUUGAUCAUUAUCGAAUUCCUCAUGUUGCUUUCUUGGCCAAGUAUUCUCAAGUCAAACCUGGUACUGGUGAAUAUUCUAAACCUCCCAAUGCCAAGCUAUCUUAUGGUACUAUGGUGUACGUACGUGCCAAUAUUGUUAUGGGUGUUCGAUAUGCUCUUGCCAAAGCCACCACUAUUGCAGUUCGUUAUUCUGCUGUUCGUCAACAAUUCGUCGAUUCUGCCAACCCUAAAAAAUGGGACAAUAAGGUGGUUGAAACUCCUGUUUUGGAUUAUACCAUGCAACAAUAUCGUCUUUUACCUACUGUCGCUGCUGCCUAUGCUUGUUUCUUUACUGGUACUGAAAUGAUCCGUUUGUACAAUCUCAAUCAAGUGGAAAUGCAAAAAGGUAACUUUGGCUUAUUGGCUGAUCUUCAUGCUAGCUCUUCUGGUCUCAAGAGUUUGACUACUACUAUGGCUGCUGAAGCUAUUGAAGAUUGUCGUCGUGCUUGUGGUGGUCAUGGUUAUAGUUUAUUCUCUGGUCUGGGUCAAUUUUAUCAAGAUUAUCUUCCUAAUGUCACUUGGGAAGGAGACAACUACAUUCUUACUCAACAAACUGCUCGUUAUCUUCUCAAGACUUAUCGUAAUGUUGUCGCUGGCAAGGCUGUUCCUUCUGAAUACAAUCAAACUGUGAACUACUUGACUCAAUAUCUUCAAAACACCAAAGCCAAGUGUCCUGUUACUGUUCCUACUGACUUUAAUAAUCCUGAAGUUAUUCUUGCUGCUUUUGGAUUCCGUGCUGCUUAUGGUAUUGCUAAGGCUGCUGAACAAAUCGAUAAUCAAGGACGUUCAUGGAAUUCUAUGUUGGUUGAAAUCAAUCGUAUCUCUCGUGCUCAUUGUCAAUUCCUUCUUGUGCGUACCUUCAUUAUUGCGUUACAAAACGCCAAUUUGGAUAAAGCAACCACGGCUGUGUUACGCAACCUAGCUACAUUGUUUGCUUUACAUACGAUGGAAAAGGAAUUGUCUGACUUUUUAUUAUCUGGUUAUUUGAAUGGUGAUCAAACUUCCAUGUUGAAGGAACAAGUGAUUGUCCUAUUAGAACAAGUUCGACCUCAAGCUGUACCUUUGGUGGAUGCUUUUGCUUUGCCUGAUUACUACUUACAUUCUGCUCUUGGACGUUCUGAUGGUAACGUAUACAAGGCUAUGACUGAGAUGGCAGAACGUGAACCUUUGAAUCAUACUCAAGUUGUCAGCAGUUAUGAGGAAUGUAUCAAGCCUUUUGUUCAUGCUGGUCAAACCACUGAUCGUUGGAAUGAAGAUGGAACUUUAUCUGCCAAACUAUAGAUGGAUUUCUUUAUACAUUUCUCUCCCUUCUCUUUUCUCUGUUCUAUAUCACCCCAUUCUAUUAUUUGUUAUUAUUAUUCUUUAUAUGUUUACCUUCAUUUAUAUUUUGUAUUUUAUUCAAUCCGUCUAGAGUAGCAUUUUAUAGAAAAUGUUUAGAUGUACAUGAAAUAAAUAGACCCCUUUUUUUUCUAUGCAUACAUA